UUCGAAACUCGUGAAGAGAAGAAAGCUCUGUAUCUUGACAAUAACAUACAUCAAGCGUGGUCCCUACAGAAUAACUAUAUAGUAAUGGAUGGUAUUUACUGUUGCUAGUCACAACACCUUUCUACCACUAACGCGGCCUUAGUGCCGUCAGAAUCGCUCUUCAAUUCGGUAGCGUUCAAUUGUUUUGCUUAACCCAAGCUGAAAUGAGUUCAGCUUCUCCUAAAAUUCAUUAGUCCCAUCAGCCUCCUGUCAGACCACCAGGAAUCGUCUGCGUGAAGUGUGCCAAGUGGACUUGUAGAACGGAGUCCAAAAAAAUUAAUCGAGCAUUCUAUCACAGGUGUUACUUAUCUGUGACCAAGCAUGAAGUGCGGGCCAGAUAAACGUCAGGCCAGUGUUUUCCUCUUUAAGCAUGAAGUCAGCCAUAGUGAAAACGGAGCUGCUCAGAGAUCUUGUUACGAAUAUUGAUAACAACCCGUGGCUGAUUCUAAUGAACGCAGCGACGUGCGAUUAUAUUAUCGAUCACUAACACCUCUCUCUCUCUCAAGGAACUCGUCUGUUGUUGUUGUCGUUGAACAAGGUUUUAUGGAACCGAACGUUGCCCGAACUAUCUAAUGCGGGUGAGUGAUUUCCUAAUUUUACUAUACAAUACUUAUCAGUUUUUUGAAGAUAAAGUUUCUUAAAAUCAAAUCCCAGCACAAUUUAUGACAACAGCUUAUUUUUGGCUAUUUCAUCUGAAGCUAGUACUGUGUCCUUUGUGAAAUCAUCAUUAAAGAUCAGGAGUUUCUUCCUUUGUAUACCUCUUUCCUAUACAUGCUAAUUGGAGACAUAAUUCCAUGAGCUUUGACCAGUCUGUAUAACAGUAUUACGCCGGCUGCCGCUUAGAUAAUGGCUGCUUUAGUUUCAAGCAUAUAUAUGUAUGUAUAUAUAUAUAAGUGGGUAUUACAACAGCUUUAGGCCAAACUGUUUCAGGGCUCAAGAGAAAUCGACUUCAGCACGAGAUUACCUUUCUGCCAUUAUAGCAUUGUAUUCUAAUGGAAAUACUUAUAUAUAUAUGCGUCCUUCCCUUCAGCGAAGGUACCAUCCAUGUCAUUUGGUGUAUGAUGGAUGGUCACCGAAUGUAGGGCUUACCAGCUAUUGCACAAACGGCUGAAUGACAACAGACUGCAAGACCGCGGAUAGCUAAUUCUGCCUAGGAGCCAGCUGAUUCCCAAUGGGGUUCAGCCACGCGAACAAAGUGUAUUAAAUGGAGCGACAGUCAUAUGGAUCAUGUAAUAUGUCAUCAUGAAGGACUGCUUCUGAGUGCAAUCCGACGAAAGUAGGGGCUGUUACUACUACGUAUUGGAGCAGAAAUCGAAGCCUUUAUUGUAGUCAAGCCAGUAUAAAAAGACCAGAUUGCAAGGAGCCACUGGAAUUUACUUCAAUCGUCCUUAUGUUUCGCCCAGCACUCGACGAUGAUGUUCAUCUGCUCUUCAAACGGAAAGCACCGUGUAACAGUACAGCUUGAACUGCGUGACCAUGUUCUUCUCAUAAUACCGAAUGCUGGAGGAAACUCUAACAAGUAUUCCGUACCCAACAAGGAGCGUGUGAUCGCGCUACCCCGUCGACCGGAAGGCGGCUUUGGAGUAGCUAUUAAAGGAGGACAUGAACACAACCUUCCGAUUAUUAUCUCGAAAAUUCUCCGCGCGGACAGCUCUUCGAUCAAGCUCUAUGUCGGCGACGCUAUAGUCAAAGUGAAUGAAGUGCCGACACGAGGCCUUAGCAGGGAGCAGGCAACUGAACUACUCCGAAGUGCAGGGGAACGCGUUAUUCUAACAGUAAAGCACUAUCGGGAAGUUGCAUCUCUACUUAAAAAGGAUGAUGAAGGGGGUACGCAGGCGGCUUAUGUGGAGCUUCUCUUUGCAUACGUACAGGAAAUGGAAGAGCAGAGGGCAUUUAAAGUUCAAGCGUGUUCUUCAAAGGAGGAGACCAUCGUACAGUGUACGGACCGAGGAGAGCGGGAGACGUGGCUCCGUACAAUACAUGCAGCCGUGCAACGAUGCAAUGACCACAAGAUUGAGCAGUUAAAUCGCAAUCAAGAGGAGGCAAACAAAAUUCAUUGGAUGGAUUGGAUCAGCAAAAAGUGCUAUUUUCCAUGGAAUCGUCAACGCACGCUUCCUCUGUUCCUUGCUUUAAAGGGCGCCUCGGUUUACCAGUUCGAUCGGGCGCCAGCAUCCCUUACAGAGUUUGACGACUGCCAGAUUGUCUACAAGGCUUAUCAAUGUUCGCUUCAACCAGACGCUGAAUGUAUCGACUUAGCUUUGACAUCAAGACAUUACGUCCUAGAAACACCACACCACUGUGUUCGGUUUUCACUGCCACCGGGAGGUCAAUCUACAGCGGUGCUGGAACGUGCCUGGGCUCUGUGCACGUAUUUGAGCGUAAUUACACUGAGCAGUAAAACUUUUAGUGUACAAUUUGAAAACAAGGCUGCUUCGUUAACUAUCGAUUGGAAUAUGGGCUUUGCGCUGUACGAUAUUGCGAGUAAGGAGUACCUCUGGAAGUACGGGUUCGCGCAGUAUCGGAGCAACGGUCAAGAUGGAGCCCGUGUAAGUCUGGUGUUCGCUUUAAAAGAUACAGCUUGUUGCAAGAACGAGCUGUUGCGCACAGUGACUCUCAACAACGAUGCGCAGGCCAAACAAUUCAUCUUCUGUAUCAAUGCCUUCCUUUCAUCAAAGUCCGUUGCGCCUCAUUAGUAGGUUAAUAGCUGUAUAUUACAACACCGUUGACUGCUUAACCUUUUAUUAUUAACUAGCACUGUUGCCCAAAGGCGUGUGGAAAAGCACAGAGCUGAAACACUUUAAAGUAGAGAAAUUCAAUCUCGGAAGCGUAAGACGCGCUGAAUACUUCCUGUAUAUGGAAAUGCUGCGCAAAAAUGAAUAAUUGACACUGUCGUAAAACUACAGUGAAUAUGGUCGCGCUGUAUAUGUACAGUAUGCGAUGAAUGUAGGCACGCUGGUAAAAGAAAAAGAGCGUGUGCAUUACUUCAACAAGUUUGUGUAUAUACAUAUAUGUCAAGAAAAGGUGUUCCCGAGUAGUUGUGUGCAGCAGAGAACGUUCACUCGACGGGUUGCCAUUUAUCAAAUAAAACUAAACAUUCAUAAAUAUAAGUGAACAGAUGAAUAUGAAUUUCCUCGAACAGAUAUUUCUGUCGUCAGCUAGCCUUGUCAUAUUCGAAACAGAAGACAAAGAGGUACCGACAUUAGGACUACCAAAGAAAAUGGAAACUCCUGUUUUUGACGAUCGUUACAUAUAUUUUCUAUGAUCUCUUAAGCUUGAUGUGUCUUGUCCUAAGAGCAUUGCUGCUAAACCACUGCGCUAAACAAUGAUAUUGUUAUCAGCCGUUGACUGUAUUAUUAUAUCUUACAGCAACUGUGUUACAAAGCUUUUGAUAAAUAUGCCCAUUAUGAUUGUGUCGACGAAUAAUGGCUUAAAAGUUCGUGAGUUGUGGCGACGUUGUGGUGUCAGUAUAGCGCUUUGCAAUCCCAGACAAGUCAGUAAUAUGCCAAAUAUAUGCAAGGCAUUGCCAACAAUUUCGAUGAUAUCGAUAACAGUUGAUAGCAAUGUGAUGUGGGUUUUGUCGUAGUGACCAGAAAUGUAGAUACGAUAUAAAUGGAAAUGCUGAGUAAGUUCCGAAAUCUCCCGAUAAAGCAAGGUAACAGGGUAAUAUUUAUAAAUUCUCGGUAUCUACGACACGUUGAAUUGGCUUGGUUUCGAAUAUUUACAGUCAUGAUUACAUAUAUAUACAAUAUUGAAUGGUUAAUCAAUUGUCAGCUCAUGGCAGCUUUAGAUGACGCUGAAUGAUUACUUCGUUCUUGGAAUUCGAUUGAACAUUUCUAAACUAAUCAAGUGUAGAACUGCGAAGUGGUGCCGAAUGUAAUGUAUUAAUUAAUGCAAAUUUAAUUUAUUUGUCUUUUAUUAUAACGUUUAGAGACACAGCGCAGUUUGGAUUGUUGCUACACGGGUACCAGACCUCCUCAAUACUUAUGGCACAUCUUUGCGAAAUGAAACUCUUAAGAAAUCAAAUGCUAUCAGCAGCUUAGAUAUAUUUCCAGGGUAUGCACACAUUCAGCGGAAGCAUAAAAGUAAAAAAAACUGCCCCACAGACGAAAGCUUGCCUUAACGCUGCUACUCUUGCUGCAAAUUGCGACAAAAAGAUAUGAUAUAAAACUAUAGAAUAAAAGGUUUAAAAGAAAAGAAAAAUUGCACUAAUGUGAAUAUGAAACAACUCUACAGAUAAGAAUACUGAAAAUGAGGAGGUGACCGAUGAAACAGCCAUGUGCGACAUAGACAACAGAUGGUCCUGUCGCUCAAGCGGGUGACUUUAGGUGAUGUUUUGCGUUGUGACGAUAACUGUAUAUUAUUACUCAAAGGAUCGUCGAUUUAUGAUUAUAGCAAUGCUUGUUUGCUGUGACUACACACCACUGAAACUUAAAAAAAUAUUAUGACUAUAUAGCUUACUAUUCUACUAUUAGUUGCGUUAAAGCAAUGCAAUAAGCAAACUUAAUAAACAGUGACAACCGUGUAUAUUUUUUGCUAUUAAGAUUGCGUAUUUUAUUUUUACUAUAACUUUAGGGACAGAAAACCUAACUACAGAUUUCAGGUUUACAAGAGAUAUUUUAACGGGCCAUCGUUUUUUACAACUAGAAUAAAAACGAAUAGAAGGGUCAAACGGAAAUGUACCACUUAGAAGAAUUUUUUAGGAAUUUAGCCGAAAGUACAUGAAAAUACAUAGAUACUGCUAAAUACGCGCGCAGAGAAAUGUUCACUUAAACUUAGAAAAGUCGAAAAAUGUGAAAAAAUCCGGGCGUGAAAGUUGUGCAUGACAUACCAUUUGAACAUAAGAAAGAGCAAAUUCUGUUGAAUAGGGGCUCAUCACAGCCUGUGUUGAUAAGCUUAUGCUUCAUAAAAUCCUCAUUUUCUUUGAUUCUCAUUCUGCCUCAUUUUUGUGACACAAGAGGGUGAAACUCGAAAUAUGUGUAAUUCGAAUUAAGGUAAUCAGACUAAAUGUAACUGGAGUUCCAUUAUACGAAACGGAAUACACACUAAAUAUUUUGAUUAAAGUUUCAGUCGAUCUCAACUGAAAGUUUUUUCCUUAAUUUCUGCUCAUCUAAAAAGCCUAGAAAUUCUGCAACUUUAGUUUUCGACCAACAAGAUGAGUGGGCACUGAAAAACAUGUGAUGAUAUAACUCUAGUCGAGCACGAAACAUGAGAAUCGUUGGGUUGUAAAGUCAAUUAUGACUUUUGCGUUUUAAUUAAAUGUACCAGAUCUUUUCUCCCAUCUUGGUUAGUGAAGAUAAAUGCAAGCCCGUACGCACUUAAACUUGCAAUGCAGCAUUUGUUUCGCUAAGAAUUCGUAGAAUUACUUAUGUUUAACUUAUAUCCUCACCUGUUGAUUUGAGCUUUAGAGCAGAGUGUAAGAACUUAAUUUCAAAAACACUUAAGAAAUUCAUAACUUUAAAAAAACUAUAAAGAAAUUUUCUUAUGAAAUACGAAAUAGAUCAUUCGGCCCAGAAUUGCAGUUUAUAGACAUUACUCAUUUAAACGUCACUCAUCCUUAUGAUUUCCAAAAUAAGAGCUAGAAUAAAAGGUUGGUUUUUAUUCAGAGGCCCAAGACGUUCUCCCACAAAUGUUCGCUAUGUUCCAACAUGUGCCCUGACAAAUGGCUAUUACUGUUUGUAACAAAUCGGUAGACUUGUGCAGCUCCUUGCCAAGCUGAGUUAACGAUUUUUGCAUUUUUUACCCAAGCAUCUCUAUUCUGGUCUAGUCUCUCUGAUUCUAGUCACUCUUAACAGCAGUAGAUAGUAUUAAGUACUUCUAAUGGAACUGUCGUGGUCUGUGGUUUGAUCCAACAAUACAAUUAUCAAUUUCAUCAGAGGACGCGUUCUUAUAACAAGUCGAUAAGCACGUUCACGAGGUUUUACAAAGGAAAGCUGAAAGUUACUACUUUCAUACGCUGCUUUCCUUA